AUGCUCGUUCCGACCCCGUUCCUUCCGCCCCUGUUCCUUCGGCCCCGUUCUUCCGCCCCUGCUCUUUCCGUCCCCAUUCCUUCCGCCGCUGUUUUUCUUCCGCCCCUGCUCUUUCCGCCGCCGUUCCUCCCGCAUGUCUCCGCUCGCAGCUGUCGGUGGUGGACGUGGCGAUCUUCCUCGCGGAGUGGGAUGGCGAUGCUGUUACGAGGAGCAGGGGGUUUCCAUCGCGGCCUCGUGCCCAACAUCUGCCCCGGCGAGCACGACCUGCUCCCUCUCACCGACGCCCCCCCCAAGCCCGCCACCCUGGCGGAGAGGCGUGCAGAGAAGGAGGAGAAGGGGGAGGAGGGAGAAGGAGCGGCGGUGGUGCCGGCGCCGCCGAUGCCUCUGGCGGUGCACAGCGAGGUGACUGGUGGCGUGGUGGGCGAGGAGUACCGCGUUCUGUCUCAGAUGGACGUCGCUACGUUCCUGCUGUCACACGAGGGCUUGAUGGGACUGGCUCUGGCUAAGAAGGUGGACGAUCUGGGACUGGUGUGGCCGCUGGUCGUGACCAUAACGCCCGCUGACACUCUGCUGCAUGCCUUCCGCCUUUUCAGGCGCCAUCAGGUGACGGCGCUGCCUGUGGUGGCUGCACAUGCAUCCGAGCCCCACUCAGGCUUCCAUGCGUGCGGGGAGGAUCUGAUCGAUACUCUGCCAUUUAUCCUCCUUACCCCACGCCCUACCCGCUUCUAUCAGGUUACCGCACUGCCAGUGGUGGCUGCACACGCGUCAGAGCCCCACUCAGGCUUCCACGCGUGCGGGGAGGUUCUUAUCGAUACUCUCUCGGCCUCUGAUGUGCGCUGCAUUCACGUGUUGGAGGGGGGGGUGGAGGGGAAGAAGGGACACGAGGGGGUGAAGGAGGAGAAGAAAGAGGGGAAGAAGGAAGAGGGGAAGGGGAAGCACGGGAAGAAGGGGAAGGAGAGGAAGGGUCAUGGGAAGAAGACAGCGGUGCGGGUGGGUGAGGAGGAAUUCGAGGACCUUGGGGCGAUCACAGUGGGGGAGUUUCUGAGCGCUGUCAGGACGACACAGCACCGCCACCUCAUCACCUGCACCCGCAACACGAGUCUAAGGCGGGUGCUGCACCGAAUGGUGAGGGAGAGGGUGCACCGCGUGUGGGUGGUGGAUCAGCAGGAGCAGCCCUCUCCCAUGCCCUCCCCUCGCAUCCCCUCUACAAGCAUCUUCAAGGACAACCUAGAAGACCAGGGUCACGCUGGCAACGGCAAGCCGAAGGCGCACGCUGCUACAGUACUCCCGGCCAUAGAAGAGGACAAACCGGCUGUAGCGGAGGAAGGUCCGGCUGUAGCAGCAGGGGAAGAGGGAGUGAGACUUGCUGCUGCUAGCCUUUUACAGGGUGUAGCUGGAUCGUCGAUGGGAGGGGUUGGAGGAGGAGUGGGUGGGGGAAAUGUGGAGAUGCAUUUACAGGGAGUGGUGAGCCUUACGGACAUUCUCCGUAUUGUGCGUGUGCUGCCCAUUGCCAGUCUCUCCUCCUCUCAGCUGGGCGAACUGGGGAAGGAGUUGGAUGUGCAGGAGGGAGGGGAGGGGAAAGAGGAGGAGUUGGAGGGGUGGGAGAUGGGUGGAGGAGAGUUCCUCACUCCUGAUUGGAGCAUAGCGCCCGGGUCGCUGCUGGAUUGGUGGCCGAAAAUGAGCAAGUCUUCCUCGGUUGGUGGUUGA